AUGACAGAGGAGGUAAGAGCCCUGACAGAGGAGAUCCUGUUACAAGGCAAAAAUCCAGGGAUUGCUUGGGAAUAUACAUUUUCCAAAACCAACCAUGAAAACAAGACAUCUGUCAAAAAACACAGCUACUCCUGGGUGACAGUGCAGUCAGAGUGCUCAGCUACUUGCGGUGGUGGACACAUUACAGCAAAAGCAAUUUGUUUGGAAGAUCAUCGUACACGAGUUAAUUCCUCCUUUUGUGGCCCAAGGAUGAAGCCUUUAACCGAAACAAAACUAUGCAAUACUCAUCCCUGCCCAGCAUACUGGUCAACAGGCGAAUGGAGCACAUGCAGCAAAUCUUGUGGAGGAGGCCAACAAAGUCGUCUCAUUCAGUGUGUCCAGAAAAGGGCUUUCCAAAAAGAGGAGGUAGUAGCCCACUCCCUGUGUCCUGUCAGCACCCCUACACAGGUGCAGAUGUGCAACAGUCAGGACUGCCCACCUGAAUGGAGCCCUGGCCUAUGGUCUCAGUGCUCCAAGACUUGUGGGAGAGGUGUUAAGAAACGGGAUGUCUACUGCAAAAGUACUGGUUCUCCCAAGGUUAAAAUCUUGCCUGAAAGUAUGUGCAGCAGAGACCAGAAACCUGAAUCCCAGCAGACCUGUGUGCUGGGACGCUGCCCCAAAAACGACCGACUCCAGUGGGUGAUUUCUUCCUGGAGUGAGUGCUCAGCCUCCUGUGGCCCAGGUGUACAAAAGCGAGAACUAAAGUGUGGUGAGAAAAGCAUCCAUGGGAAAUUGAUCACCUUUCCUCAGCGAAGAUGUAGAAACAUCAAGAAACCAAACAUCAACCUGGAAGAAGCUUGUAACAAGGGAGCCUGUCCAUCCCAAACGUUGUAUAACAUGGUGUCUGGCUGGUAUUCCUCACCCUGGCAGCAGUGUACGGUAACAUGCGGAGGGGGAGUGCAGACCCGGAGCGUACAGUGCCUGCGCCAAGGGAGACCAGCUUCUGGGUGCUUGCCCCAUCAGAAACCAGCAGUCCUGAGAGCUUGCAAUACUAACUUCUGCCCAGUCCCUGUGAAAAGAGAUGAUCCUUCCUGUGUGGACUUCUUCACUUGGUGUCAUCUGGUACCCCAGCAUGGUGUCUGUAACCACAAAUUUUAUGGCAAGCAAUGCUGUAAAUCAUGCACGAAAAAGAACUGAUAGGAACGUGUUAUCUGAACCCUUCAGUGACAGGAUUCUCUUCUUCAAUUUAUGUUGGAAUUAACUUUGCUUUGAGGUAAGACAUGGUGCCACAAAAACCACUGAUGGAAGAGACAUUUUUUCUAAGGGAAUGUCUGAGGUACAGUAAUCGUUGGAUACAUAUUGAAAAAGGAAUGUUUCUUUUUUUUCUUUACUUGCUGACCUCACUAAGUACAGGGUACUGUGGAUCACUUGAACACUGAGACUCGAGGGGCAGUUCUUUCUUUAAAAGUGUCAUUUUGCACUGUCAUAUGUUAUGAGGAAGAAAUUAAGACAAGAAAGCCUUUUCUGGCUAAUUUACCAGGAUGCAAAGCAAAGAGCUUGGGAGCUCGAGGAGGAAGGUUACAGCGUGGCAGCA